GGCAAAACGAGUGUAAUGGAACGUGUGACGAACGUAUUUUGUGGUGGUGGUGGUGGUGGUGGUGGCGGAGGUGGUGUUGCUUAUAUGAGUAUUCAAAACACUAAUGCUAAUCAAAUUCCGGAGAAGCCAAGCAGAAGUAUACCCAUGUCAAUCAGUAAUUCCAUCAAUGUUGUCAACAGUAAAAGUUCAAGCAAUACCAGCACUGCUGUGAGAACAAAAAUAGGACGAGGAAAAAUACGGAUGAGAAAUAUAUCAUUUGCCAGCUGUGGUACUCCUGGCUAUAUACCACCUAUAUCAUGGGAACAGUUAAUGCUGGAUGAACUAUUUUUGAGCCGAUUUUUUUUAUAUUUUAACGUCAGCGAAAGAAAAAUUUUAGCUCAAGUUUGCACUCGAUGGCGAGAUGUAUUGUAUGCAAGGCCUCGGUUUUGGGCUGGAUUAGUACCAGUAGUUAGAUGUCGGGAAAUCAGGGGAAUGGCUUCAGGAUCACGAACAAAAUUGUAUGCAUCUCUAGUCAGAAGAGGUUUUCAUUCACUCGUUCUUUUGGGUGCAGCUGAUGAAGAUAUACCAGAAUUAACACAUGGGUUUCCCAUGGCACAACGUCACAUUCAUUCAUUAUCAUUACGGUGUUGCUCUGUUACUGAUCGAGGCCUUGAAACUCUUUUAGAUCAUCUUCAGGCACUCUUUGAACUGGAACUAGCGGGUUGUAAUGAAGUCACAGAAGCUGGACUGUGGGCGUGCUUAACACCAAGAAUAGUAUCAUUAUCGUUAUCGGAUUGCAUAAAUGUUGCUGACGAAGCAGUUGGUGCUGUGGCACAACUAUUGCCAAGUCUUUAUGAAUUUUCUCUCCAAGCUUAUCAUGUUACCGAUGCAGCACUCGGUUAUUUCAGCGCCAAACAAAGUAGUUCACUGACAUUUCUACCGUACUUUUGCUGCAAAGUUCAGGAAUAA